GGUGCUGAUUUUCGUCACUAGGUUGUGAAAUAAUUUUACCACAGAACCACAACGUCGCAAGUAAGACGCCACAAACUGAAGACGUCAAACAGCAAAUGGCUACGCAAUCAAGAGAUUGUGACGGCCCGUGGCCUCAAUGACGUCUCGGAUUUUGGGGCGGGACAUGCGGAAUGGAUACAACAAUUGUAGGCAAUUUUAUUUCGUAUAAUCAUGGUGGCUAUGAACCGUUUGAUGUUCUCCGAUGAUAACAACAUCUUAAUGCAUUUUGAUAAUUCUUCUUUAAUUUAGAGAUUCAGCAGGAUGUUUAAGAAGCGCUGCUGUUACAUUUGCCUCAUUAGAAAACGCCAAGCAAAGCCACGGUUAAGAUUAGUCUCCAGUUUCAACAAUUGUCUAAUUAUCGAACACGACCAAUAACAAAAAAUGUGUCGUUCCACCAAGAGCGUACGGUUGAUGUUUAUCAUUGCUGCUAGCCUUGUAGUGUUUGUGGCCCGUCAUCCAGCUCUCGUUGAGGGCCUGGAAGAGAAAGAAGAGAUCGUGGAUGAUUUCGACAAUGGCACUGCUGACUAUUGGCAAGGCUACAGAGAUGAAAAUUCUUCCACCACUUGGUAUCUGUCGGCGCAUGGUGAUCCAGCUCCAUUCGAUUUGAACUCCACUCGACCACCCAUGGAAGAAAAUGGAGGCGGAUUCUUAGAAGUUGUUCCAUUCUCCGACUCACCGGCACAAAUUUUUACCGAUGUGUUCGACCUAUUACCCGGUGCGACUGCAGAAUUGACAUACUGGAACCUUAUUCCUUUCCCGGUGUUUGGACGACACACUGUCUUGAUUCUCUACACUGAAUUUGUAGACAUUUUAGAAGACGAGGUUGUGGCCUCACCGAAAUCUGUGCAAGUUUUUACAGCACCAUUGCCUACCGAUCCGUUUCCUGGUUGGACUACAGUUACUGUUGACCUUAAAAUCAACCAGCCCUCUAAAGUUCAGCUGCGUUUAGAUGGCAACAGAGCGAACCUGGCUGGCACUGGCCUGGCUAUUAGUAAGAUCGUCAUUAAGAACGGGGAAGAACGAAGCACAACUUCCACGUCAACGACGACCAUGACGUCCACAUUAUCCGACCUUACUUCUUCAACAACAGAAAGUCAAACGGAAACCAGUAGCACCAGUCUCACAACUAUUACAGGUACAUCUUUUUCAACUCCAUCAAAAUUGGAUGUUGAAAAAACCACUACAGAAAUGCCAACAACUGCGAUAACAUCACCGCCAAUGACAACGACAUCACCAUCAACAACAUCUUCAUCAACAUCUCCAUCAACAUCUCCAUCAACAUCUCCAUCAACAUCUCCAUCAACAUCUCCAUCAACAUCUCCAUCAACAUCUCCAUCAACAUCUCCAUCAACAUCUCCAUCAACAACAUCAACAACAACGUCACCGACAACGUCACCGACGUCACCGGCAACAUCAACCUCUCUGCCUUUGUCGACCUCAACAUCAACGUUGAGUUCGUCGGCCGAAACAACAUUGUCGAACACUGAAAGCAUGUCCAGUAGCUCCUCCACAUCAGUCAGUCUUACCUCCUCAUCAAGCACGGAAUCAACUAGCAUCAGCUCCAGCUCGUCCAUUACAUCCACAAUUACAGAUUCUACCACAUCCCAGAGCUCAAGUAUUAGCUCCGUAUCACCGACUAACCCAUCCACCAGUUCCUCCGAAUCCACAAGCGAAAGUACGUCCACCAUUUCCACAACCUCCAGUUCCUCAAUUACCACGAUGCCAUCGAGUAACACCAAUUCACCGAGCUCGACCAUGUCUAUGACGAAAACUACCCCUUCACCAACUACACUGCCAUCUGGAAUGACGCCAGCUCAGUUGCGUGGAAUUGCCAUUGGUGUCAGUCUUUCUAUUAUUUUUCUCGUUUUAUCCUGCUUGCUAUUGGGUUUCCUCUACCGACGCCAUCGACGCCAUGUCUAUCUCAUUGAGAAGUCACAACUGGAGGCCGGUGCUAUUCGCCAAUUAGAGCAACCGGAUUAUAUUUCAUCAAGUCCCCACAAAGCUGAUCUUGAUAACUGUUCCACUUCUUCAACUACUUCAUCCACCGCUCCUCUCGUCCAGUCAGAGAUUUCCUCGCCCGUUUCUCCUCUUUGCAUAGCAACUUCCACAACAUGAACUGAAAUUUAAUUUAAAAGUUUACUUUUACAGAAUAUAUGUAUUAUAUGUCAAUUUCUAGUCGUUUAUAAUUAUACGUGCAAAAUCUA